AUGUCGGCGAUGGAGACCUUAACCUAUUUGCAAGAUAUUUGUUGUCUGUAUAUUAGGCAGGGGCGUCUGAAAGAACCAAGGAUUCUGAUUUUUCUCAAAGAACUGCAUUCCAAGCUUUUAUUUUAUCUGCUGAAUUCUCCCUUACUUCCAAGGCUUGUCAGAGUUAUCAUCAAGGAUGCAGAGCGGAGUGCGGAGUUCUACGAUGAAAAUCGCACAGCAUUGAUGGCGGGUGGUGCAAUGAUACGGCAGUGCGUGCGGAGUAAGAUGGAUCAUCCGACCAAGAUAUAUUUUUACUCAACAUUAAAGAAUUGUAUGGCUGCUGUUCGGAAUGGUUUGGACUUGCGUUUAGGGGAAUGCUUUGUCAUGCCAUUUGAUUGCUUUUGUAUUUUGUAA